ACAGACCGGAAAUAAGCAUUACAAUUUACGUUACCUCCCGCUCUCUGCUGUCAUGUUUCCAUAACGAUGGACAGAGGCAAAUGGGACGAAAUAAUCACACGUUUUCAGGCGCGUGCGCGCGGUUACCUCACGAGAACCGAAGUGCGGCACGCGCGUGAGGACUUUGAGGAGAUCGUAAGAGAGAUAGAAGGAGGGGUGAGCCAUUUAAGGUGGACUGAUGCGACCCUCUCCGCCCCACACUUUACAGACACGAGUGGAUCAUGGCUUCAACCUCCCAGCCGUCUACUCAAGACAACAGGUCCUGAACUAGAUGUCAGUACUCUCCAGAUUUCAGAUCCCCCACCUGAAAAGGGACAGGAUCACUGUAUCCAGCCAGAGAGGCCAACAACAGAAAGCGCGGAUUGCUCCAGCAUCCCAGUGAGAGGGGAUGUAGAGGAGCAGGGAUGGACGGUUGAAGGAGGGGAGACAAAGAGAACAGGGAGAUCCUCCACCAUCUGGAGCAGCCCCGAGCAGGACAUUGGUGUUUAUCCUCAGAGAGACCUGAACCUUGACUCAGGUCUUCAGCAGUACUGCCUGGCACAGAAUGUGCCCCGUACUCCACAAGCUCUGCGUCUCCACAGAAACACUCUGACCAUGGAGCUGGUCUGGAUCCAGCAAGCUAUCGACAGCAGGAAAAAGUACCUUUCCCUGAGGAACAGACUGAGUGUAUCCUGAUGGUUAACCUAAUGUGAACAGGACGUAACAAUGUGGGACUGUUGAUGCCGGAUUCACUAGAAUGUCAUCUGUGUUGAAAUUUAUUGUAAGUAGUAUUUAUGAUGUCAUAUAUGGAAAUUUUUGCACUGAUAGACUUGUAUGGUUUUGAUAUUGUGAAAACAAAUAAAUGAUAUUUUUCCACAAAUAAAAGUCUGAGUG